UUAGGGACAGUAUUGGAAUUGGAAGGAUAGCGGAAAAAAAUGGCGAAAGCGCCGAAAUUGCAGUGAUGCACAGUGCCUAUCCAGAACGUGAUCAGUAACCCCACAAACAAAGCCUAAUGCAUCGCUUCCCAAUAUCCAAGGGCAUAUCCGUCCAACUAUCCACACAAUUCAAAUUUUGUAUCGUUACUAGUCGUUACACACUUCUAUUACCCCCUCACAGCUCCCGGUGCAACAAAACAAACAAAAUGAGCAAACCAAUGGUAGCAUUAUUAGACUUUCAAGUUUAAGCUAUUUUACGAGUAAAUUACGAUUUCUUGUAUAUUAAAUAUAUCAAUUAAUACUUCAUUAGAAAGGGAAAAUGCAAAGUUGAUGAAAUUGAACGCGAAAACCUAAAAUGGAAAGUAAUGCUGGUAUGUGGAAGCAAAUGGAAAUAGAGAACCAAGAGUUUGUUGAAGAUGAAAUUGACAUGAGUUAUGAGUUUGAUGCUCCUUGCUUCUUCGAUUUCACUGCGCAAGAAACUCUGCUUCAAUCUCUACGAGCUGAACGCUGGUUCCAUACUGCAACAACCUAUGAUCAUUCUCCUGUUGUGGCAAAUCUAUUGAUGACAGAGGAGGUUCCGGUUACAAAUACAAGCAUUGUUCAUCAUCCCAAACCUAAUUUUCUUCAGCAUUUUGGUUCGAAAUCAAUGUGUGGGAAUGGCAAAAUCUCUGGAUUAUUAGGAGAAGUUCACCAAAAUGUUGCUACUCAACCACCAGGAAUGGUAUUUAAUAGCAAGACAAUUGGUGAAAGUUUGAAUUCUAAAGUUAAAUAUGCGGCGAGGAAGGGUCCAUCAACGCUGAUGAAACCUACCGCUAGUCACUUGGCUAAGCAAAAUCGGCCCCUUCAAUUAGUUGGUUCAAGGUUUCAAGCUCAUAAAAAGGAGAUCAAUUUAGCUAACUCUACUAUGAUAGAGAAUCAAGCUGCCAAGCGGCAGAAGUUAGAGGGUGGUGGUCUCUUGCGCAAGGUUGAUGAUGUGAAGCAGCAACCUAAUUUUGUCCACAAGGCACCUAAGAAGAUUACUGGUCAAAACUCUGGACAUUCCAGGCUUAAUGUUACUCUUCCUAGAGAGACUGACAUAGAAACAUCUCAUACGUCACAAAGGAUUAGACCCAAAAAUGGUGCAGAAGCAGAACUCACGACUCGGGCGGUACCCAAGUUCAAAGCACGGCCGUUAAAUAGAAAAAUUCUUAAUGCUCCUUCAUUACCAAUUCCCAAAAGGACCCCUGUCCGGUCACCAGAAUUUCAAGAAUUUCACCUCAAAACAUUGGAGAGGGCCGUGCAGCACAAAUCUUCUACUUCAUCAUAUACACUUCCGUGCAAAGAUUCUGAUCAGGAUUCGGACAAACAUCCUACUGCUUCUGCUCCACAAAAUAGAAUCUGGAAUUUGAGAAGGCCAUUCGUGACGAGUGCUCCAAAGAACAGUGUAUUGGACAGUGGACACGAAUUUAAAGCCCGGCCAUUUAAUAAGAAGAUACUUUCAAGUAAAGGAGAUAUUGGUGUUUUCCGCAACAUUAAGCAGGAAGUCACUGUGCCUACGGAAUUUAAUUUUCGUACAGAAAAGAGGCUUCAGCAUAACCCACCACCAACUGAUCUUUUUAGUAAGCAGUUGUCCCUAAGAUCCGGAGACAAGGCAACUAUGUUCAGCAAGGAUUUGAAAGAAAAUAUCGGAACUUCUUUUCAUCUGGCCCAAAAGAUGCAGGUAAAACCCUUUAUAUUUGGAGAAAAGCAAAUUCAUAGUGGGAGUGAGGGUUGCAUCAGUGAAGUUGGUACAAUAUUGAAUCCAAGGAGCUUGGGAAUACGGUGACAGCAAGUUUGCAACUAAAACAGACAUUUUUGCUACAAGACUUAGUUGUGCACACCUGGAUUUUUCGGGUUAAUUUGAAAGCAUACAGAGAUAUAGAUAUGAUCGAGUCUAAUAGCUCUACCAUUUUUCUGAGAUUGUUCUUUCUGUACAAAGAACAUACAAAAGUUACUUUCGUAGCACAGAUGUGAGAAUAGACUAUGCAUCACCUUUGUCUUGUACAAAUACUCCUAAAAUGUGGAACUCUUGAUUCUUUAAUAGUAAAGUUUAUUAAAAUAA